AUGUCCAUUUUUUACACCUCCAGUUGUCAGAAGCCGAGGAUCAGUCUGAGCCGAAUCGGACGUAUCGGAUGUCGGCCCCUCGACGUGUCGUCAGUCAGACUCGUCGCCCUUGUUUCCAAUCUGUUUCAGGAUAUGACCGCCGUCUUCGGUGGUCCCUCGAGAGUUCGGCCAUUCGGCCAACGUCCAGACCCAUCCCUCAACUUUUAUUCCAACAAGAGAUUGACUUUUUCCGUUUUGAUUGCGUUUCGUGCUUUCCAAAGGCACGUGCUCAUGCGAAAAUCGGCUUUUCUUUGA